CAAAAUCCGAAAUCUGUAUUCCGUACCCAUGUGUUUAGUUGAAAACUUUUAAUUUCUAUUUAAUUAAAUGUAAAAAGUGUUUUCUACAAAAGGUGUGAAUAAAAUUACAAUUUUUUCAUUACUUUUAUUCAUGAUAGAUCUUCAAAAAUCAUUAAAAUCGAGCUGGCUCAAUGCAUAACCUAAAAAAAUCCGACAUGUCUAUAAAAUCCUCCAGCAGGAGUAGUCGCAGUUCCAUGGGGACCCCUUCGAUUUUGAAAAAAUCCAGUAGCCUCAAAAGACGCCUCACCUCACUAGUUCAGACGCCCAGCAAAGUGCGAUUCCAAUUGCCCCAUUCCCAGAAAGUGAAAAACAUUCUGGAGGCGUACAUCAAAAACCAGGAAACCAAAGAAUAUUUGAGUUUGGUUUGCCUUAUACGAGACGCGGAACUGCUAGACGAAGAUUUAAGUUUGUUGUUGAAUGAAGCUUCAGAGUGCAUUAGUCUUUUGAAUCAAGAUUUGAGGCUUUUUGUCGAAGCCUUAUUGUCAGUUAAAUGGGUGCAUCGUAGUGCUGAUGUGGUCAAGGAGUAUCAAGGGUUUAUUGUCAAUUUGCUGAGUGCUCAUAAUUAUCAUGCCAAGUUUGUGAUUUUCAAGUUGGUUCAGUUGUUCCUACCAGGUCCAAACGAUCCAGAAUGGCCAGAUGGUAAAAUAACAGAAGACGAUAGACAAAAAUGCAUAAACAUUCACAUUGUCAUUAAAAUUUUACUAGAUGUAGUUCCAAUGUGCAAAGAUUUAUUAUUACAAUCAAUAAACAAGCAAUAUCCCUAUUACAAUAAGCCAGUGCAUACUCAAGAAUUUUAUUUGCACAACCUUCUAAUGAUUUUAACUUAUCAGCCAAUAUUCAAACCUGAUAUUCUUCAUUUAAUAUUCACAAAGUUAAUUAUCAUGGAUGUAAAUGCACCAAAAGAGGAAAUCCAAAAACAAAAAGGCAACGAAGAGGAGAUUUUUCAAAUGGAUGAAGAUUCCAAAUCAGUGACAACCAGUAAAACAGCUUUUACUGAAAUAAAUAGGACUUCUUUGGGCCAUACGUUGGAUAUUUGUAUGGACUUGAUGCUGAAUUAUAUUAUAGGGGAAUGCAAUAAUGAAAAUGGAGAGUUAGACUGGGAAAAAACAAAAAUACUUUAUCAUAAUUUGAUUACCAUUUUUGAUAAAGUCAUUUUACCAACAUACAGUUCCCACCAUGUACAGUUUGUAAUGUUUGCAUUAUGUGCCUUAAAAUCAACAGUCACUGAAGCAUUUCUGAAUUAUUUAUGGAAAAAAGUAUCCAAUCCUAAUAUCGCCAUUGUUUUGCGCCAAGCUGCAGUCACCUAUAUUGCUAGUUUAGUUGCUAGAGGCUCCUUUGUACCUCUAUCAAUUGUAAAAGGUACAAUGCAACAAAUAUCUGAAUGGAUCCAUGCAUACACAGCUAAUCAAGAUGGUUUAGAAUGCGUUAAUUCAGAUGUGAGAGUACAUGCUGUAUUUUACAGUGUUUGUCAAGCCCUGUUUUAUUUGGUAGCUUUCAGACACAAAGAUUUAGUGGAUAGGAAAAGAAAUAUUGUAUUUCUGGAAAGUCUUCAGCUAGGCAAAAUGGUGACUAACAGGCUUAAUCCUUUAAGAGUUUGCCAGCCGGCUGUUGCCCAAAAUUUUGCAGCAGUCACCAGAAAAUAUCAACUAGCUUAUUGUUACACAGUUAUGGAUCAUAAUUCAAGAAAUUGCAUGCCUGUUAUUUAUCAGGAUGAAAAAGGUUCGCAAGUAAUUUCUGAUCAUGUACUGAGUGAUUUUUACCCAUUUGAUCCAUAUAUUUUGGAAAAAUCUGGUGCUAAAGUUUGGCCUCACUACAAGAAUUAUCAUGAAGAAGUCGAGAUGGAUAUAGAUAAUAGUAAAGAAAGUGAUGUGGAUGAUUUUUUGGAAAAUGUUCAAGAAAUGUCAUCUAGUUUCAAAAAUCAUCAGUUUUCCUAUGGUAGUUCUCCAGGAUUUAGAUUUAAAUAUAAAAAUUAAUUAAUCGUUGGUUCCUUGAAAUUAAGGAAAUUAUUUUAGAUGGGCUAAUUCUCAUCUAUGUUGGUAAUAAAUGACUUAGGAAUUUCUCACUCCAGUCAUAAACUUGAGGGGCCUUUGAGAAGAAAUUGUCAAAGAUUCCACUUUAAGUAAUCUGUGAUCAGGAAUUUUAAGUUUUUAUACCUUCUUGAAUUAAUUAUUAUUAAUUGAAAUUUCGCUUUUUUCAAAUUUCUAUUUGAAACAUUUAUGAUUUAAUUUUGUUUUCAUUACAUUUGAAUUAAGUAUUGCAUUAUUUAUUGAGAAAUAAAGUACCUAUUAUUUAUUUAAAAUUUGGUUUAAUUAAAGAUUAUUUUAACUAGGUAUAAGUACAUAUUUAUUGAGUCUUAAGAAAAAAAAAACUUUUAGUAAUAUCAUUCUUGGCCUUCUAAAAAUGCCAUCGUUUGAUCAAUCCAACUUUUAUACUUUUUAACAAAAGUAAAAAGUACUGGUUUUUCAGUGCUGCAAUGUUGACCGUCACUUUGUCUCACUGGCCUGUUUAAACUGACAAUGCCUUGAAUGAAAUAUCUGCCGUCAUUGUGCGGUACCACUAGUCCACCUCCACUGUCGCCUUGACACGCACCUCCAGCUGAAAAAGGUACUAUUUAGUACAGUUAAAAUGUCGCACGAGUGAAUAUUACUUCCGUUAAUGGAUUCGCCGCAUAUUUUAUCAGUACCAAAAAGAUAUCUUCGAUAAAACUCGUCGUCGUUGUAUUUUUUUAAACAAGUGCUUGGUUGGACAUAUUUCAAGCCAAUUUCUUUCAAAACCUCUGAAGGUUCUGAAGAUGUUUUUGUGAAACCCCACCCUGUAAC